AACUCUACUAUGGAAGUAAUCAUACAGAUUUUAAGCAGAAGCGUUCUAAUUCAUUUAGAUGGACUGUGAAAAUAUCACAUUCCAAUAGAUAACACUUCCUCUGAAUCGAAUUUAUUUGGAAGGCCAAAUGAUUGAGUAGAUUAACAAACAGAUAAUGGCCAUGGUCACGUUAAAUUCUGGGGUUCUAUCUCAAAAAUCCAUAUUAAAACUCACACCCCAAAUCCAUCAUAAAAUGUUCCACAAACACAAUGUCACCAAGAAUGGAAAUAGGUUUAAGUGUUCCUACAAUAUCCAGUUGAUUGACAGGUUGAGUAACCCAAAACGGAUUGUCUAUGCAUGGUGUUCAAAUGAAGACAGUAUUGAGGAAGACAAGGCAGGCAGAGAAGCCAAGAUGGAGGAAAAAGAUGUCCAAGGUCCUGGUGUAGAAGCAGCAUUAGCCUUGUUAACGUUCUACAAAAGGGAGAUUUCACCUCUAUUACCCUCAAGUUGCCGUUAUGUACCAUCUUGUAGUGAGUAUUCAAUGCAAGCAUAUAAGCGGUAUGGAGUUCUGAAAGGAACCGUUUUGACUGCAUGGCGUCUAUGCCGAUGCAAUCCUUUAGGUGGGUCAGGCUUUGAUCCUCCUCGUUGGUUUGAUGAGAGCAAGCCACCGUCUCCAUAGAGGCAUUAAUGACAAUGUACAACACCAUGUUUGGAUGAGAAUAUGAUACAUAAGUUGGCAUUCCUGGAGUUGCCACCAAUAUAAAAUAUAGGAGCCCCUAUUAGUUAUAAGUUUGUCACAGAGCCUCUAUUAGACUAUUACUGACACUUGGCAAUAUGAUUCGGCCUUGACAGUCCUAGCUAAAUGGUGUCAAUUAUAUUGGAAAAUGAACAUCUCCACUAUAUUGGUUUUUUCUUCUUGGAAGCUCGGGAUAUCGUAUCAUUAUCUAUAUGUGCAAAUUAUGAACUUCUAUGGAAAAAAAAUAAAAUCUUAUAACUCGAAGAAUCAUCUGAUUUUAAAUCUA